AGGAAGCCGGAUUCUCAUGAACAGUCCUCUCGUCGUACCCGCUCGUUUAAGUUGUCGGCGCCGUUUCUGGCCGCCCCUCACCUCACCACCCCGCGAGUGUGUAACUGCGCGAAGGACACGGGAAACACCACACUGGCAUGACACUCCAGCCCCGAGUUUAGCCGAGCGACGAAUCUUCGGUUGCCCUCGCUGCUGGCCGAGGAAGCGCGCGAGCAGAACCGAACGUGACCCGCGGCGCGCGGCUCUCCCGCCCCACACGACACGCGCGACGCGCCUCCGUUCCCUCCGGCUCGCGGCCAUGGACCGCGGAGGUUGUCGUUUAAACGGAGGCGGCGGCGGCGACAGUAGCAGUGCAGGCGAGGGCGACGGUUCGAGCUCAGGAGACCGACUGGGCAUGAUCACCCUGGAGGACCUGGAGUCCUUCUCCGAGGAGCAGCUGUCCGACUCGGGCAACGGCAGCUUGGAGGAGGAGGGCGAAGCCAUGGAAGAAGACGAGCAGGACAGGCUGCUGCACUACUGGCAAGACGUGGCCAGGGGCCACCAGGUGGAGGUGCCCAACGACAUGGCUGUGCCCAUCCAGCAGCUGACCACCAACAACGAAGGCACACAUAACCGAGAGAGGGUGCCUUUCACACUCAUUGGGCGUAAGGAAAAGUGCGGCGACACGUUGUACGAGAAGCGGCACUAUGGGAAGGCCAACUGGGCCUGCAUCACCGUUCACGAGGACACGUAUGAACAGAGCAUUUGUCUGGGCUUCAUGAAGCUCAUGAGAUACAUUUGCCAGCAGAACUCCUCAGGCAGCUACUUGGGUCUGACCAUCCCCAUUGUAACAGUGGUCCGUACAGAUGAUGCGCACUCUGUCCUGUCACGAGCCGUCACAGUGGCCUACUACCUGCCCACUGAACACCAGGCCCGGCCCCCUGCGCCCUACGAUGCAGACAUCAUCAUCGAGGAGUGGCCUGCCACCAUCGUCUACACAAGAGCCUUCCCUGGUGCCACGAAUGAACAGUCCAUCAUCAGUGAGAUCAGUGCGCUGGCUGAGAUGCUGGAGUUGCCAGCACUCUGCUUGAAUGACUCCUUCAUUGUAGCAGGCUACACGAACCCGGCCGCUGCCAACCGGCAGAAUGAAAUCUGGUUCCUCGAGCAGCACUGACACACCACCCUUACCGCCGCCACCAGACCCCAACCAGCUAGAGCCACCCACUGCACAUGGCCCGCUUCCAGUUCUGCAUGAGGAAGUGGCCUUGGAGACCUGAUAUGGAUUGUUUUCAGUUUUAGGCACAAAUCUAGAAAUAGUUACUUCUGACUUUUGCUCCUUUGAAGAAAAAGAAAAAAAACAUGCAAUAUGAAUUCGGGAAGGCAAAGGAGGGUCUUUGUUUUCAAACUUGACAGGUCACGAUUUUCAGUGCCAUUUUUGGCAAGCCUCUUUCACUGCCUUUGUUGGAACUGGAAUCGAGGCCUUCUCAAUUAAUGCCGACUUGACAAUCAAUCUUACCGAGAACAUGUUUUCCAAUGAAGUCGGGGAGCUGAGAUGACCAAGGCUCUUCUGCAUCAACUCAGCAACUACCACCAAUGUGCACCUUGGUAUUAGGGUAGGAAGCAGUUUUUGGAAGGCCAGUCUGACCACGUCUAUACAGAGGCAUACACAGACCAUUACAAAAAGUCCAAAAGCCAGACUGAAUGUAUUUCUGAAGACUACCAUAAACCAAAACCUUAAAGACACAAACAUAUAUGCUGUAAGACAAUCACGCAGUUUCAGCGCGUCACACCUUUUUUUAAAUGCUUUUUCUGUGAUUAACGCAUUCCUUGCUAUAAGCCAUGCUCCCACACAGACUUCACUACCUCUCGAGCUCCUCGCCGGAUUCAAGCGCCGCUCCACAGUAGUGUUUGAGCUUUGUGCUCCCCCCAACCCCCACGUACCUGGCACUAGCUUGAACGUAGAGCAGAGAAAUGCACCUGUAGUUCAGUCACUCUCGAAAAGUCCACAGCAAUUCUGAUACUCACGACUGCUACUGCUGUUUUUGUUAAAGACCACAUCUUUCCCCACAAGUAGUAAGAUAGAGUUCAGUACCUAAUAAACUUAAGCAAACUGUUCUGUGUUCUCCAAGAAGGCUUUUAAUGCUUUUUUUUUUUUUUUUUUUUUUUUUUUUUUUUUAAUUCUGUGUGAUUUUUAUAACGUUCCCAUCAAAAACACUGAUGUAAAAUGUGGUUUCUCUUACCCAGCGUAUGACGGGCUUUUGAAAAUGCUGGGAAGGACUUUUGCAUUUAACAAAUAGUUAAAGAAAAAAAAUAGCAGGUGUAGAAGUGAAGUAAAAGCUGAGGACACAAACCACAGUUAUAGUUCGGUCACUGCUGUAAAAGAAGUCUCGCUAAAGAGCGUACAGUUCAGACAGCCUGUUGCUGGCUAAUCUGACACUAAAAUUAGACCAAGCACCUUGGGUUUCGGACACCAUGGUUAUUGCUGCUGUUUAACAGCCCCACGUAGGCAGGAUUACCCGCUUACCUGUACACUGCUAGGUGUCACUUCAGGUGAACUCACAGCAAGCAUACGCAGCAUGUACUACGAGUGUGAGAGCAAUGACGGUGUCCUGGGCUCCGAUUAAAUGUUGUGGGAGAGGAAGGAAGAGCUCAGGGUCUCUCUAAUAGUAUAGGGGGAAUGUUUGGACUCCUUGUUGCCCACCAGUGUGUUCUUUUCCUCUUUGCUCAAAAAGUGCAUCGACAAGAACUACCCUGCAUCUUUUUCUUAACGCCUGCUUCUUUUCUUUAAAAGAAUAGUUUAAAAUAAAGUAGAAAUGUUCCUGCUGUACGACUGAGUCUUUG